UAUGUGACUAAACACGGAACUAACAAACAUGGAGGUGGAUUUCGGCGACAGUGAGCUGUUCGAGCAGUUCGAAGCAGACGCUCCUCUCGCCAAGCACAUCAGGUUUACUGAUGAUGAUGAUGAUGAUGAAGAAGAAGAAGAAGCUCCGGAUUUCCGGGAGAGGAUCGAGGCGUGUGAGGAGACCAUCACCCAGCUGAAAACGGAGAAUGAGGAACUGAAGCGGAAAUUACAUUUUUUGAGUCGUCCUAAAGGGAUCGGAGUCGUCGAUUCCAAAGUCGAUGGUCCGCUCUGCCAGAUUCUCUUCGGAAACAACAGCAUCUCGAAACAGUACCGGCAAGACAUCGAAGACCACAUCUUCAGUCUGAUCCAGCAGCACCAGCAGAGUAACGGCCAACGAGUGUCCGUGUCACAGCCCCAACCACAGAACUCAAGUUUUGUCAUGGAGGAAAACCACGGAGGAACAACCGCGGCUUCAACAGGAAAGAACAUUCGAGAUGCUUUUUGUGUGGUGGGGAGUGUGUUGUACUUCACCACCUUCUGUCUGGAUAAACUUGGUCAGCCCCUUCUGAACGAAAAUCCCCAGCUGACAGAAGGCUGGGACGUUCCUAAGUACCAGCAGGUGUUUGCCCAGAUCGUUGCUUUAGAGGGGCAGGAAGUGCAGAUCAAGGAGAAGAGGCCAAAACCAUGCUGCUUUAACUGCGGCGUCGACGACCACCAACUACGAGAUUGUCCAAAGCCCAAAGACAUGGCACGAAUCAACGCAAAGCGAAAAGAGUUUGCGCAAGUCAACCAGGGCAACGUUCAGAGUAACCAGCGGUACCAUGCGGAGGAGUUGGAGGAGCGCUUCUUGAAGUACAAGCCAGGAGUCGUGAGUAAAGAGCUCUCGGACGCCCUCGGCAUUGUCGCUAAUACACUUCCGCCAUUUAUUUAUCGCAUGAGAGAGCUGGGAUACCCACCUGGCUGGUUAAAGGAAGCCGAGAUGGAAAACUCGGGCCUGAUGCUCUACGACGGUAAAGCAUCGGGAGAGGACGCCUCAAACGGCCCUGACCAAAGUGUGUCCUAUGACGUCUCAAAGCUAGUGGAUUUCCCUGGUUUUAAUGUGUCUGCGCCCUCCAAUGUUAGAGAUGAGUACCGAUCAUUUGGUUCCAUCCCAAUGCAGCCUCAACACUGGAAGCCGACAUUUGCUGCUCAGUUGUCUGAUAUGUUACCGGAGCCCGAUUCCAAAUGUAUGAAAAGGUGCCACGAGCCUGAAUUAACACCAGAGCAGACCAAGAAGCGGCGGUCAAAUUCAGACCUCUGCUCAGAUAUGGACACAGACUCAGAUCAUGACACUCCCAAACGAGACAGAUUUGAUGAUUUCCAGUUUCAGCCUCCACUUCCUCCAGAUUCUCCGCGCAUUAGUACACCUCCACCCUUACCUCUGGGAACCCCUCCGGUCACACCCACUCCACCUCUCCCUAAAGGCACGCCCCCUCCAACACCACCCACAAAUGCGGGUUCUCCAGUUCUGUCCGGUCGAAGCGGAGCGAUGGGGGAGGAGUCAGAGGACGGGCUGACAUUAGAGGAGCUGGAGGAACAGCAGCGGCUGUUGUGGGCAGCGCUUGAGAGCGCCGACACUGGCAACAGUGACUCGGACACUGGGGCCACCGGCACGCCUGGCACGGGCUCGCCCCAUGUGUCCCUGUUAGCCGAGCCUGGUGCCGAGUUAGAGGAGGGGGCGCAAGAAUCCGAGUCAAAGGACGAGGAGCCCUCCGACAAUGACUGUGAACUUUCAAGCACGCCAGCGUCGCUCGUCGAAGGACACGUAAGCAGUGCUGAAGAAGACAAAAGCAGCAACGGCCAGGUCAAUGAUGCUUUUAACGAAGACACGGGUGUGGAGUCUUCUGAUGAGCUAAUUGUUCUGGAUGAGAUUACUCAGGGUAACGAUUCUGACCCUGAAAAGAACCGAAUGAGUGAAGAUGCGGAAGAAAAAGGCACGCCCGUGUCGGAUGCACAAGCAGUUGAAGAUAACGAAGAAGCUGUUGCAAAGAAAAUACCCGGUGUUCCACAUCGAAGUAAGUUUGCGGAAGGUAUCAUUCCUUUUGAAGACACGCCGGAGUUUACGGAGGUCGCUGAGGCAACAGGGGUUUACCUGAGGAUUCGAAGCUUGCUCAAAGAAUCCCCUCGAAAUCAGGCGAAAAACAAGAAACUAAGUUCGUGAGUUCUAGAUUGUUUGUGUGUAUAAAUACUGAGUACUUUCUGUGAACUGAACCUUUUUUUUGUUUAUGGGAUGAUCCAAUGGAGUAAUUCUGAGGUACAGCUAUCCAGUUUGUUGUCAGAAUCUUUCCCAUCCGUGCUUUGCCAUUUUUAUAAAAAAUACCAAUCUUUCUAAACCCCGCCCCGCAACAGUUAAUUUACUUCUGCUUUUAUAAUUACCCGGAGGACAACUUUUGUAACAAUGGUUUAGACUGGUGUUUUAUGUCUGUACAGUUUUAUAAACAAUUUCUCGUUUUUUUGUCCUCUGAGACCCACGUUUCUAAUAGUCCGGUGGUACUUCUCUUACACCGAUGUCUUUAUAUCCAGUUCUUUUUUUUUUUUUUUUUUUUCCCCAAAUUGGCCAUCAUUGCUGGUUUGCAUUUGCAAUUUAUUAUUAUUUUUAACACUAAAUUAUUUUUAAAGCAACAUUUUUAUGGGGGUCUGAACUGGUUUUAUUCAUAAAUGUUUGAUGGCCAAGGUCCAGCUAUUCAAGGGAUCAUUAAAAAUAAAAGGCUCUCAUUUGUUCUGAUUUUUUUACAAUUAUAGCUCUGUGAGCAGCUGUCUCUCCUUCCAUGAAUUAAAGGACUCCAACCACAAUGA